UAUAAGCAAGUGGAACAAUAUAUGUCCUUCCAUAAGUUACCAGCUGACAUGCGUCAGAAGAUACAUGAUUACUAUGAACACAGAUAUCAAGGGAAAAUAUUUGAUGAGGAAAAUAUUCUCAAUGAACUUAAUGAUCCUCUGAGAGAGGAGAUAGUCAACUUCAACUGUCGAAAACUGGUGGCUACAAUGCCUCUCUUUGCUAAUGCGGAUCCAAAUUUCGUGACUGCCAUGCUGAGCAAGUUGAGAUUUGAGGUGUUUCAACCUGGAGAUUAUAUCAUUCGAGAAGGAGCUGUGGGGAAAAAAAUGUAUUUCAUUCAACAUGGUGUUGCUGGUGUCAUUACAAAAUCCAGUAAAGAAAUGAAGCUAACAGAUGGCUCUUACUUUGGAGAGAUUUGCCUGCUGACCAAGGGGCGCCGCACUGCCAGUGUCCGAGCAGAUACAUACUGUCGUCUUUAUUCCCUUUCUGUGGACAAUUUCAAUGAGGUCCUGGAGGAAUAUCCAAUGAUGAGGAGAGCCUUUGAGACGGUUGCCAUAGACCGGCUCGAUCGGAUAGGCAAGAAAAACUCCAUUCUUCUUCAAAAGUUUCAGAAGGAUCUGAACACUGGUGUUUUUAACAACCAGGAGAACGAGAUCCUGAAGCAGAUUGUGAAACACGACAGGGAGAUGGUACAGGCAAUCGCUCCAAUCAACUAUCCUCAAAUGACAGCCCUGAAUUCCACAUCUGCAACCACUACCCCAACCUCUCGCAUGAGGACACAAUCUCCACCCGUGUACACAGCCACCAACCUGUCACAUAGCAACCUGCAUUCCCCUAGCCCCAGUACACAGACACCCCAGCCCUCCGCCAUCCUCUCACCCUGCUCCUACACCACUGCAGUCUGCAGCCCUUCUGUACAGAGCCCGUUGGCCACUCGAACUUUCCACUAUGCCUCUCCUACUGCUUCACAGCUGUCACUCAUGCAGCAGCAGCAGCAGCAGCUCUCACAGCCCCAGGCCCAGCAGACUCAGCCACAAUCACAGCCCCAACAGCCACAGACACCCAGCAGCUCCACGCCGAAAAACGAAGUGCACAAGAGCACACAGGCACUGCAUAACACCACCCUGACCCGGGAAGUAAGGCCCCUGUCAGCCUCGCAGCCCUCGCUGCCCCAUGAGGUGUCCACGCUCAUCUCCAGACCUCAUCCCACUGUGGGCGAGUCCCUGGCCUCCAUCCCUCAACCCAUGACGGCUGUCCACAGCACGGGCCUUCCCGCAGCAGGCAGGAGCACUGUCCCUCAGCGAGUCACCCUCUUCAGACAGAUGUCAUCUGGAGCCAUUCCCCCCAACCGAGGAGUCCCACCUGCACCUCCACCACCAGCAGCCGCUCUUCAAAGAGAGUCUUCCAUAGUCUUAAACACAGACCCAGAUGCAGAAAAGCCACGUUUUGCUUCAAAUUUAUGAUCCUUGCUGAUUGUCAAAGCAGAAAGACUAAUAAACUGAGAAUAUCCUCAGAUCUUAUUUCAUUCUAUCUCCUGAUAGAUCCAUAUAGCCUACUAUGAAGAGAUAUUUUAGACAGCUCUGGCCUACAUGCAAAAUGUAAAAACAUAUAUACAUAUUCUAUUAAAUAUAUAUAUUAUAUAUAAAUAUCUAAAUUCCCAAGACAAGUUCAAAAGACCUGUUUAGCAUUCAGUGUUAUAUGUCUUCCUUUCUUUCAAAUCAUUAAAAGAUUUAAAAUGUUGUUGUAAGCUUAUUCAUUUCUAACCUACUUUUACUUAAUUCCUUUGAUAUAUGUAUUUCUCUAUUUUAUGAAGAGUUCUUGGAUUCAGUGGGAAUAAAACUGAUUUUAAAAAGGCAACUCAAAUAAGCUUGGGUAUAGCACCAAUGAAAGCUUUCUUUCAUUAGCUGUGUCUUCACAUCUAAAUUGUUAAUCAUUAAUUACAGGGGAUUAAAUAGGAAAUCCCACUUUAUAGAUCUAAAUUGUAUUUUGGUGCUUUAAAUAUUGAAUUAGGCGAAAGAACAUACUACGUUGCUUGGCCACCAUUAGAGAUUAGCAUUGCCACUGUUAAGAAUAUGUGUAACCUCAAAUGUGUUUAUUGAUCUUUCUGAAAGCUGAGGGGAUAUUUGUCUUCAUGUGUUAUUGGACUUUUACCAAGACUCAAUCAAUGUUAGUUGUAAAUAACUUUUUCAACCCAAAUAAAAAUAGCUAUUCUGUGUUGUAUGGAGGUAAAAGUCAGUGUUUAAGAAUUUAGUUUUAUUGCUUCACUUCAAAACUUAGAGUUUUAAAUUUUACAAAACCUAAUUGUGACAAUUAUUCAGUUGUAAUGCAAUGACUUGAAACCUAACAAUGUCAUUUUAACCUGCAAUGUUUUAUGCAAAAUUGUAUGCUAGAAUCUACAAAUUGCUUGUAUCACACCAAAAAAAAUCAUUACUUUUCUUCCUUCUUGCCAUAAUCAAGCAUCUAAAAAUAGUCUCUGCAUGCUUUUGGGGGAAAAAAAUAGGUUCAAAUCAGUCAUUGUAAGGAAAGUUUACAGUAUUUCUCAUUUCUAGAAAAGUAUAAUAGUUCAUUAAUUGCCUAUCUUAGAGUUCUUAUAAGACUGACUUGGAUCUAUAACUUAAGUCUAGAAGUGAGGUUUUUCACUUUCAUUUAAUAUUAUCACUGUUACUACUAUUUGAAUAAUCAUUUGUAAACCACAGCUUGAUUUGGAGUUGCAAGUGUAUUCUAUGUUUUCAUUGUAUUUGGUGAUUUAUUUGGUGUUAAUUUAAAUAAAUACAAUAUACCAUCAUGUCUGUUUGGGAGCACACAUUUUGCUCUAUGUAUACUGUAACUAAGUGGUUAGUAAAUCUUGAGGCAUGUGGUUUACUAACAUAGACCUUAAAUAAGAGGUUUGUUAUUUUAAAAUGUGCCGAAAAUAACAUGGACAUGGUGACAGAAAGCAGAGGUAAAGUUGAAUGUCUGUGAACAUUUUUUGUUUCUUCAUUUGUUUCCUUUAUUGUUUCUAUGGUCUGUGAGCAUCAGCUUCUUCUCAAAGAAGUCCCUUAGUAAUCAUUUGUGCCUAAUGCAUCCCACAAAUGUGGCGGAUGGCUGGAACACAAUGGGAUGAUAUAUCUGACUUCUGUGAAUAAUGCAAGUUAAGAGAAUGACCUAAUUGGAAGUCUUAAGCAUCUCUGGCACUGAUGAUACAUUUAAGAAGAGACUUUACAAAGAAUACACAUUACUUGGGGCAGGUCCUCCUGAUAGACUUGAGGACAGAAGCAAAAACUGUGAAGUUGGACCCAUGCUGCCUGUUCAUGGAUAUAACACCUAUCACACCAAAAUGAGUUGUCUUGCUUAACUUCUAACAGAUCCCAACUUGUGUGGAAGUAAUCAACAAUGCCAGCCAAUCAAUGUAAUGCUAUCAUUAACAUGCUGGUGACAAAUGACAGCAUGUCUGCAAAGAGAUGAAAGAGAUUGUUCAGGCUACCUAAAUUCUAUGGGAAAGCUGCAAGACCAUUUAUAUAUCAGUAUAAAACUCCUUUAUUUUAUUAAAAUAUGAGAAUUAACUUCAACUUACUAAGAUCAUGCACUGGUCCUUUAAAUUAUUAAAGGAUUAUAUUUGAUAGGAUUAAUGGGUUUGGUAGUGAAAUAUUUUUAUAUAUAUAUAUAUAUAUAUAUGAAGUUUUGGUUUUUUAUUUUGAGCACUAUUGGGAAACAAACAAAAUUGAAUUGCAUGGUCUUUCAGUGCAACCAUACAAUUUUUAUUCACUUUGUAAUAGAAUGGAAAAAGCCCUAAGGUUUAUAUGUUAAAUUAAUAAAAUGUACAAGGUAAAUUAUAUAAAUAUAUGAAUGAAUGUAUAUGUACUUAGGUUAAGAAAAUAAUUGACUCACAUUCCUCUAAUAUAAAGGUUCAUUGAUAGUUGAAAGUGACCUCUUUUCUCUGUACAUAGUUAGGCUCAUAAGUAUGGAGUUUUAAUCUGUACAGAAAGAAAUGUGUUAUUGAAAAGAUUGGUCUUUUUGCUGCUGGGAAAAUAGUAAUAUAGUGAUUCUUAUAACUGUAUGAUCAGGGAUGAGUUAGAGUAUUUCUUUUGUCUUUGCUCAAAGCCAUACAUAUAUAAAUAUAUAUAAAGAUUAAUAAUAAAUUCAACAGAAAAUAAACUAAAA